AUGAGCCGCGCUUCGUUGACAAGAAGCAUGCUCCAGUCAUUGCGUACAUCGGGCAGCCGCAAUGCAUCGUCUCGAUUGAGUUAUCAUACUAGCAGCAAGCUCACGACAAACAUAUUGCCAUCAUCAACUAGCAUUGCACUCUCGCAUCAUGGACGAGGAGCAAAGAAACUCGCAAAGACGAAAAUCAUGCAUCCUGAAACAUUCGGAGUAUCCACAAAGUGGUUUGUUCCUCCAAAAGUGAGACAGAGUGUACCUUAUGUCGAGGUGCCUGAUGUCGAAGCAGAAGCCACUAAAUUGGAGACAUUCACAAUCAACUUUGGUCCACAACAUCCGGCUGCUCACGGUGUAUUACGUCUCAUCCUGGAAAUGAAGGGUGAAAUCAUUGUCAGGGCUGACCCUCAUAUCGGUCUAUUGCAUCGUGGUACCGAAAAGCUUAUUGAAUACAAGACCUAUCUACAAGCUCUGCCCUACUUUGAUCGGUUGGACUAUGUAUCCAUGAUGGUGAACGAGCAAUGCUACUCAAUGGCUGUCGAAAAGUUACUAAACAUUGACGUACCAAUCCGUGCCAAAUACAUAAGAACCCUCUUUGCAGAAAUCACUCGUAUCAAAAACCACAUCAUGGCUGUAACCACCCACGCCCUCGAUGUCGGCGCAUUGACUCCCUUCUUAUGGAUGUUCGAAGAACGUGAGAAACUAAUGGAAUUCUACGAACGUGUAUCCGGUGCUAGAAUGCACGCCGCUUAUGUCCGUCCAGGUGGUGUCUCUCUCGACAUGCCAAUCGGUCUGAUGGAAGAUAUCUAUAAAUGGGCCCUCCAAUUCGGAUCGCGUGUAGACGAACUCGAAGAAGCUCUCACACUCAAUCGUGUAUGGAAGAACCGUUUGAUUGAUGUCGGUAAAAUCCCUCUAGAUGUAGCUAUCGCAAACUCCAUGUCUGGUGUCAUGUUACGUGGAUCUGGUAUGCCUUGGGAUUUAAGAAAGGAGAGCCCAUAUGAUGCUUAUGAACACGUUGAAUUCGAUAUACCCGUUGGUACUAAUGGUGAUUGCUAUGACCGAUAUCUAUGUCGUGUGGAAGAAAUGAGACAGUCAUUGAGGAUUAUUGGACAAUGUCUAAACCAGAUGCCUUCUGGACCCAUCAAAAUUGAUGACAACAAGAUUGUACCUCCUCCACGAGCUACCAUGAAGGAAUCUAUGGAGGCUCUCAUCCAUCACUUUAAACUCUACUCGGAGGGAUUUUCAGUUCCUCCUGGCGAGACAUAUGUGGCUGUUGAAGCUCCAAAGGGAGAAUUUGGUGUUUACAUUGUGUCUGAUGGUACCAGUCGACCUUACCGAUGCAAAAUCAGAGCACCCGGAUUUGCUCACUUGGCUGGAUUGGAUUUGAUUGCUAGAGGUGCCUUCUUGGCUGAUACUGUCACUAUUAUCGGAACAUGUGAUGUCGUGUUUGGUGAAGUCGACAGAUAA